AGCGACUGGCACGAUAUUGUGUCAUUUCCCAUCUGGCAACGCCAUCUGGCUCAUGAUGGCCGUUCAGGCAACAGGUAUUGUAACGUGGUGGUUGCAUGGUGAUGCGCGGAUUGUUCUUCCAAGCGAUGCAGCAGGAACUCCGGAGACAAAGGCGCAGGACACAAGGAGGAGGAGAGAGCUGAUUGGAGGGAACAAGGACCACAGCAAGACACAGGUGCAACUCAUCUGCUGGUAGGCGAGCUUGCGCUAGGGAGACGUCGGAGUCGGACGAAAUGGAGUCGGAAGAGUGGGAAAAGGAUGGGACUAGAGUGGAGAGUGGAAGAAAAGUGGGGGGCUCAAGGCAUCCGGAGUUAUUCCAGGGGUCUCGCUGCUCCCCAUUCCAUUGGCUUAACCUGGCUGAUAAGCUACAGACGGACCUGCAAUGUGCUGCCAUUCAAUCAGUCGGGAUGAGGUCCAGGUCUAUGGAAAUGCAGGAUUUAGCCAGUCCUCACAGCCGAGUAAGUGGAAGCAGUGAAUCUCCAACUGGUGCCAGCCUUGACAACUCCCACAUCAACAACAAUUCCAUGACACCCAAUGGCACUGAAGGUGACAGCCUCACAAUGCUUACCACAGCAGACUGGUUGUUAGGUUCUAACUCGCAGUCCGCCGCAGUGAAAAGCGAGCCAAUGAGCAGCAGCGAAAUAGUCGCCUCGGUACCAGACACCUCUCUGGACAGCUUCUCCGGAUCAGCUAUUGGGAGCAGUGGCUUCAGCCCAAGACAAACCCACCAGUUCUCUCCACAGAUUUACCCUUCCAACAGGACAUAUCCGCAUAUUCUUCCAACCCCUUCAUCCCAAAAUAUGGCGGCGUACGGGCAGACGCAGUACACCACAGGAAUGCAGCAGGCCGCAGCGUAUGCUAGCUACCCCCAACCUGGACAGCCUUACGGCAUCCCGGCUUAUGGCAUCAAGACGGAAGGUGGCCUCAGCCAGUCCCAGUCGCCGGGGCAGACCGGUUUCCUCAGCUACAGCUCCCAGUUUAGCACGCCACAGACGGGGCAGGCGCCUUACAGCUACCAGAUGCAAGGUGGUACUUUCACAACAACGUCAGGGUUGUACCCCGGAAACAACUCUUUAACAAACUCUGCAGGCUUCAACAGCACGCAACAGGAGUACCCGAGCUACCCAGCCUUUGGCCAGGGUCAGUACGCGCAGUAUUACAAUAGCUCGCCCUAUACUUCACCCUACAUGACGAGUAACAACACCAGUCCCAGCACGCCCUCCACCACCACCACCUACACCCUCCAGGAGCCUCCUUCCGCCGUCACCAGUCAGGCCCUCACAGAGAACCCUGCAGGAGAGUACAGUACCAUCCACAGUCCAUCAACCCCCAUUAAAGAUUCAGAUUCGGAUCGAUUGCGCCGGGCCUCGGAUGGAAAGUCACGUGGCCGAGGGAGAAGGAACAACAACCCAUCACCGCCGCCCGACUCCGACCUUGAGCGAGUAUUCAUCUGGGACCUGGACGAAACAAUCAUCGUUUUCCAUUCCUUACUCACGGGUUCUUACGCCAACAGAUAUGGACGGGAUCCACCAUCGUCAGUCUCAUUAGGACUACGGAUGGAAGAGAUGAUCUUCAACUUGGCCGACACGCAUUUAUUCUUCAACGACUUAGAGGAAUGUGACCAGGUACAUAUUGACGACGUCUCGUCUGAUGACAACGGUCAGGAUCUAAGUACAUACAACUUUGGUGCAGACGGCUUCCACGCGGCGGCGACGAGCGCCAACCUCUGCCUGGCCACAGGUGUGAGGGGAGGAGUGGACUGGAUGAGAAAGCUGGCGUUCCGUUACAGACGAGUGAAAGAAAUCUACACCACCUACAAAAAUAACGUCGGAGGUCUCCUGGGACCGGCCAAGAGGGAAGCCUGGUUGCAAUUGCGAGCAGAAAUUGAAGCCUUGACGGACUCCUGGUUAACACUGGCACUGAAAGCACUAACAUUAAUCCACUCAAGGUCGAAUUGUGUGAACAUCCUGGUCACCACCACGCAGCUCAUCCCCGCUCUGGCCAAGGUCCUGCUCUACGGGCUGGGCAUCGUCUUUCCUAUCGAAAAUAUUUAUAGCGCAACCAAAAUAGGUAAGGAGAGCUGCUUCGAGAGAGUCGUUCAAAGAUUCGGGAGGAAAGUUGUUUACAUCGUGGUCGGGGACGGCGUGGAAGAGGAGCAAGGCUCAAAAAAGCACAACAUGCCCUUCUGGAGGAUCUCCAGCCAUUCAGACCUCAUGGCCCUCCACCACGCUCUGGACCUGGAGUACUUGUAGCGCCGCCUCAUCGCCUAAAAACAACAAUAAAAUUGCUGCGCUCCAGCUUAUUUCCGGAAUCCAUCCCAUCGCCGCUUGCUCGCAGACUUGUACCCUCCCCGAUGGUUCCGAGGGGGGGAAGGCAGGGGAAGGUGGUGUCUUGUCUUCCCAGGAAGAGGAACAAUCAAUGUGCUGACCUCCGGUCUCACUUUGUCUUAACGCUUUUUGUGAGUGGUGCCUUCUCCAGCCAUGUUACUGUGAAGGACACCUGUGAGGACGACUCUGGUUUCUUAUUUAUGGACUUUGUGAGAAGGAACCUCCUCAGCAACAAGACUUUCCCAGCUGGAGGACUAAUCAUGGCUUUUCUAAUAAUUUAAGACUUUAUUUACAACGCUGAGACAAUCGUGUACAGAGGAUUUCUUUUUUUUUUUUUUUUUUUGUGCGUGUGUAAAAGUUUGUAAUCACUGGACUAUUUCUUCCUUCCUUAUAUCCAUGUGCUCUUCUUGAACGGUGGCUUUUUUUAUGGAACAAAAAAAAAAAAAGCUCGCAAAGUGUUGAUGUGUUCGAGGUUGUUCAGUAAAAAAAGAAAAAUGUAGAUAAUGGACUUUUUUUGUGUUUUUUUCAAGACCAAAAUGGGCGUGCUCAUGCAAAGGACUACCUACAGUAGGGAAGGGAUUCAUAAGGCCCCAAUCCUGGGUGGAUCUCACGUGAGAGGAAGAAUGUCAAUCAAUCAAUCAAUUAAUGUUUAUUUAUAUAGCCCUAAAUCACAAGUGUCUCAAAGAAUGGGGGUUAAUCAUUUUGCAAUGCAGUCUGAUGAAAAUGAUGGAAAGUGCAAGUCUACAUAGCAACAUAAUCUGUGGUCUUAGUUAGAAUUGCCACAAAACACAUUUUAAGACAUUUAACACUGCGGGGGUGUCCAAACCACGGCCCUUGGGUCAAAUGCAGCCUGCCAACAUCUUCAAUUUGGCCCGCGAGAUACCAUGAGUUAAUAAGGAAUCUUACCUGUAGUAGUUUGACAAUUUGAAUGCUGUUGAUGUGCUUCCAUAGUGGACAAUUUAAGUAAUUCAAGUCAAUGACUGUUAAUUGCACUGAAUGGGAGCAUUCGCAGCAUAUAUACUUAUCCGUGUUUGACGCAUUUUAGCUGCUGGAUAUUUCUGAUUGAUUACAAAACUUUAAGGAGGUCGUCACGGAAUUAAACGAGGUUGAGUCGAGUUUUCACAUACUCGUAAUAUCCAAAUAUAUUAAUUAUUAAUAAUAUAUCCAUUGUAAUAUAAUAUGUACACACAUAUAUGUAUAGGCUAUAU